AUGGGCUCCAGCUUCCACGCGACCCUGGUCAGGAUAAAGCGAGUUAAUAGGUUGGAUGGAAUAUUUUGAUAUUACCACCUGGCCCAAUUCAAAAUAGUUAACUGAGAAAUUGUAACAGUGACACAGAGGCAUGACUCAUACUACAAGGUAAUCACAAUGAUACAGAGACACAGAAGGGCUAACCCCGCUGUUCGUGGAAUACCUCGCUCGUCGCUUUAUCAUUCCAGUGCUUUAUGGAAGGGGAAUCACCCGCCGAGUCCAGCCAAUCACACCCGUCGUAAGAAGGCCAUUCUGGCCGGUCAACCAACGAGAGAAGCUCUGAGAUCUUAAGGCCUGCGGCGAUUGGCUUGAGCGGGUGGGAAAAGCUUGGUUUGUUAAAAAAAAAAAAAAGAAAAAAAAAGUCGGUUGCGUACAGCUCCUGCUGUCUCUGGCAGGUGGUGUCUCCCUUGAUAUAUUGAGAGCAAGUAAUGUUUGGUGAAGAAGCUGUUACGGGGAAAUUAGCGUGAUUUGUAAUAAGGCGUUUUUUUGUGCAGACGCAUGCGGUACGCGCAAAGUGGGAGCAUCUAAGCUCAUUUUUGCAGCCCCCCCUCCCCACCGCUUCUGCAUUUUGAUUCUUUUCGAUCUCGUCUUCCUGGAGAUUGAAAACAAAAGCCAGUAAAAGAAGAUAUGCGAAGGAACCUCAGCAGGUGAAUUAAAUACUCCACAUCGCCAAAAAGAGACUGGAUCCCCAUUAGUUGCGGUAUCUGAAGGCGAGCAGCAGCUGACACCUCUACCUGCCAUGUGUCUGUUCUGCGGAAAGCUGUCCGUUAUCGGCUCCUCUUUGGUUUGCCUUCAGUUCGCAACACGCUGGAGAGAAGACUGGUGAUAAAAAGGGGGAUAGAGCGAGAGAGAAAGAGAAAAAAAUGAGGAAGCAUUUUUCUUCGAGAAACACCAAAAGAGUGCGCGAGAAGGAGAGAGAGGCCUCUUCCUUUGCAGGCCAUUAUCUGGGCUGAAAAUAAAAAAAAAAUAGGAGGCAAGUGGCGGUGGGAGAAGAAAAUACAGACUGAUGAAAUUAAGACUGAAUAAAAUGGGACUACAGAAAGCGACACAGACUGGAAAUAUUUUACUGGUAAACGCUGCUCGAGCGUGCAGAACAAAACGACGUACUUUGUGCAUUUAACACGCGCACGCGUCCACGCAAAACGAUUAUAACUUGAUUGUUUUCUUAAAAAAACAAAACGGGGGUUAAAUCUGUUCUGGAGGCCCGGCCUACAUUUUUUAUAACCCCUGCUUGUGAUUGUGUACGAAGGAUUUGAUGUUUUUUGUACUAUUUAAGGAGUAGCAUUUUUUUCCUACCAAUUUUUUGCAUUGGAUUUAGCCUUGCAUUUGUUCAAUGGAAGUAUGUUACCAGUUACCGGUGUUGCCCCUGGACAGGCCGGUUCCCAAGCAUGUUCUCAGCCGUAGGGGGGCCAUCAGCUUUAGUUCCAGCUCCUCUCUUUUCGGCUGCCCAGAUCCCAGGCAGCUGUCACAGAGACGUGGAGCAAUCUCCUAUGAAAGUUCUGAUCAAACAGCUGUUUAUAUUCGUAUGUUAGGGGCUUGUGUAAUAUUCAAACAGCUGUUUUCAAGAGAUGUAAGAGUAAGGAGUCGGGUAGGGUUUGAACCAGAAAGAAGGGGCUCUCAUCCAUAUCUUUACAUCGAUUUUCGCAUUUUGCACUCAUGCCCUGAAUCUGUAGGACCAGUUUGUUCAAGAAAAGUUAGAAGACUAUUGAGUUUUCAGAGGUACUUGCACUGUUCCCGAUUCUUCCGAGGCUUUCCACCUCAGAACCCUUUGUACAUCUUGGACGAUGACUAUACUGGGCAAGCAAAGUGUAUGCUUGAAAAAGUUGGAAAUUGGAAUUUUGACAUAUUUCUUUUUGACAGACUAACAAACGGAAACAGUUUGGUCAGCUUGUCUUUUCAUUUGUUCAGUUGCUUUGGACUUAUAGAAUUCUUCCAUUUAGACAUGGUAAAACUCCGUCGAUUUUUAGUCAUGGUCCAAGAAGACUACCACAAUCAAAAUCCUUACCACAAUGCAGUACAUGCUGCUGAUGUGACUCAGGCCAUGCACUGUUAUUUAAAGGAGUCCAAGCUUUGCAAAUCUCUUACUCCAUGGGAUAUUCUUCUCGGUCUUUUGGCAGCUGCAACACAUGACUUGGAUCAUCCAGGUGUUAAUCAGUCCUUCCUCAUUAAGACAAACCAUUACUUAGCAUCUUUGUACAAGAAUACCUCAGUCUUAGAGAAUCAUCACUGGCGGUCAGCUGUAGGCCUGCUGCGGGAAUCUGGGCUUUUUGCACAUCUUUCUGCAGAGGAUAGGCUGAAAAUGGAAAGUGAGCUAGGCUCAUUGAUUUUAGCAACUGACAUCAGUAGGCAGAAUGAAUAUUUAUCACAGUUUAGAGCACAUUUGGACAGAGAGGACCUAUGCUUAGACGAUGCUGGACAUCGACACUUUAUACUUCAGAUGGCAUUGAAGUGUGCAGAUAUUUGCAAUCCAUGCAGGACUUGGGAGUUAAGUAAGCAGUGGAGUGAAAAAGUAACUCAAGAAUUUUUUCAUCAAGGUGACAUUGAAAAAAAAUAUAAACUUGAAGUAAGCCCACUUUGUGACCGUCAGUUAGAAACUGUUGCAGAUAUUCAGAUAGGUUUCAUAACCUAUGUAGUGGAGCCCCUCUUUGUGGAGUGGGCUCGCUUCACAGAUACAAGGCUAUCUCAAACAAUGCUUGGCUAUCUUGGAUUGAAUAAAGCUGGCUGGAAGGGAAUGCUUCAAGGGCGAGCAGUCAGUGGUGAUGAUACUGACCCUGCUUUUGAAGAGAAUGACCCUGACACAUUACCUCAGGAAAGCAGAGAACUAUGACCUCUUCCCUUAAUUGUAGAAGAAUGACCUCAUCUUUAGGAAAGGGACCUUCAUGAAUAAAGUUCAACUUGCCUGGAAAAGUAUGGAAGACAUGCUCACUCCAGAUCUAUACCCCGUCUCCAUUUUUAGACACACCUCGUAGAUUUGCUUUUUCUUUUAAUGGGGUUGCUGAUCAAUUUUAUGUUCACUUCAAUUUUUCUUUGAGUCCUAAUAUAGAUACCUCAUU